AGGCGGAAGAAAAAAUCAUGAAUACCGUGACUCUGAUUUAGCCGAACUCAACAUGGCAGGAGUAACUUUGUGUAACACUACUGGCUAUAAAGUGACAACGUUGCCUGUGCUGCUGAUAGCAAUGCUACUCCUGGAAAGUGUAAAGAGUUGUAAUGUAGCAGGAAGCAGUUGUCGUAACGGUACAUGUUACUUUGUGAACACCAAUGCAAUGAAGUGGCAGAGCGCCUUGGAACAUUGUAAGAAUACCUGCAACGGCAGACUGGCUGUAGUUAAAGACAAUUACACUCAAAUAUUUCUGCAUGAUCUGACAUCAUCGGAGGUUUGGCUGGGCGGCAGGGAAGAGAAUUUAACAGACUGGUGGUGGAUAGAUCAAGAGGGAGCGUUAACUGCAACAACAUAUACACACUGGAGCGGUCCACAGACAUCUCCUAAUAUUGAACAACAACCAGAUACCUAUUAUGAAGCUAAGUUCCAGCCUGCAGUAGUGUUAAUGAGGGUGAGAAACACCUCAGACACGUUUCCAUGGGUGGACAGAGAAUACUUACAGACACAGAACUCUGGUGUCAUAUGUGAAGCAGACCAGAAGAGCCAAGUAUGUCAAGGUAAUCAUAGUUUCCACUGGGUUCAGAACAACAGCAGGUGGACAGACAUAAAGGACGAUGUAUGUGUUUUUAUUAAUAUCCCAUCUGAAAGAGCUACCUGGUUUGAGGGUCAAAUGUCAUGCAAAGAAGCUGGAGGAAAACUUCUGAAGAUAGACAAUGACACAGUGCAGAAAAAAGUGGAAAAUAGGCUCAACAAUAACAGUGGGCAGUUAUUUUAUUGGAUCGGAUUGGUUCACAGUGUAUGGAGAUGGGUGGACGAUGACUCCAUAAACCUGAUGUUUUGGAGACCGAUCAUGUAUCCACCAUAUCACACAGGACCAGCGUGUCUUGCACUGGAAGGGAAUGCAAGUGACGUCACCAGAAGCUGGUUGAUGAAAGAUUGCAGCGAGACACUGCCGUAUAUCUGUGAAUAUCCACUAGCUACCACUAUGCUAAGUGAGCCUUUCACCAAGAUUGUCACAGGCAAUCCAGCAGUGACAGAUGGCCCUUUAGUGACAACAGCCAACAAGAGCGAUGAAGUUAAUAUGACGGUAUCAAUGAAUGGGACAGUGUCAGUAGGAGAACGCACAGGCACGUGUGAUACUUUAUCUCCAUUUAGGCAUUAAA